GAAAAGGGAUUGCCUAGAAAAAAAAAGUCCAAACAGAAGAAGCAACCUCUACAUCAUGAAGACUGCUUCGUUUGCCCUCGUGUCGGCGCUGCUCCUGGGCGCCUCGGCCCUCACGCUACCACCGCAGCCCACGCCCAGCUCGGGGUGCUGCUGCUGCGACAUCUCCAAGGGCCGAAUCGACUGCGACCGGUCCAUCCCGGCGUCGGAGUGCUUCUGCGCGCAGGUCAUCUGCCCCGCCAACGCGCCGACCGUCUGGCACGGCACGCCGCCGCCCACUUCGCCGCCCACCUCGCCGCCCACCUCCGGCCCUACUCUGGCGGCAGCUCCGCCUCCUCAUCUGCCGGGCCUGAAGCCGAAGCCGAAGCCUAAGCCCCUGCCGCAGCCGCAGCCGCAGCCGGGCCCGCCCAAGCAAUGCUGCUGCUGCGAUCCCAGCGUCAUGAAGAUCCGUUGCGAAAUAAAGCCCGCCAUUGACUGUAUCUGCCUGGCCGUCAUGUGUCCGUCGGGUGCCGAGACGAUCUUUGUCAAGCCUUCGCCCACGUCUAAGCCUACUGCGGCGCCUUAGGGGGGUUCUGAGUAUGGUGGUGGACAAGUGAGGAGGAGUUUGGCAUGGGGCGCUUUUGGAGGAGGGAUGGUGCACGAUGGAAUUUGAUUAAACGGACAGCAAGUUGAUGACGCAUGUUUACGUUCAAGGCUGGUUUGUACACGAAGGCUAUGAUGGGUUUUACGAGAGGAGCCGUUACUUGGUAGCAUGCUCCAGUAUAUUACCUACUAGCUACCUGACAAGGACGGUUACAAUCAUGGUGUCAAGGUUGAGGAUGGGCGAUAUCAUGAGACU